UCGAUUAUGCCCUUUCUGUAAAUUCAUGCCUGUAAAGGAAAGAUCUGCACUCGCCCAGUUAGUAUCUAGAUCGAGACGGAGUAUUGAAACCAGCCAGGACAACGUAAAGGUUAACGUCAUGAGGGUGUCUUUCAAACGACUGAUCCACGUCACGGCCGCACUUGUGUUCAUCCAGCUCGUCCACUACCUGUGGUCCACCUCGGAGAGAACUAAAAAGAUGGUGGUGCCUAGGAUAACGAUUCACAACUAUGUUCCGCCUGAAGAGACGCCAGAGGGAACCUGUUCCUAUAAGCUGUGUCCGAAAGUCAAAGAAGGAGCUCUCAACAUCCAUCUCAUUGCGCACAGCCACGUCGAUGUGGGGUGGACACACACUGUGGAUGAGUUCUACACUGGCGCAGCUGUUGGAACUAGCUGCACCAAGUGUAUCCUUGAAUUCACAAUCAAAGAAUUAGCCAAAAAUCCAGAGCGACGCUAUAUAUUUAUUGAGAUGAAAUAUUUUUCAAGAUUUUGGCAGGAGAUUGACGAAAAAGACAAAGAUUUGAUACGCCAGCUGAUCAAAGAACGACGUCUAGAACUGGUGGGCGGAGGAUGGGUGAUGAGUGAUGCUGGGGUCACCAUGUACAAUGACAUCAUUGACCAGCACACCCUAGGAUUCGACUUCAUUGCUGACACAUUUGGCACCUGCGCUCAAGCAAGAACUGCCUGGCAUGUUGACCUGUUUGGCUAUUCCAGGGAACACGCGUCAAUUCUUUCUCAGAUGGGCUAUGACUCGCUGUUCAUUGGAAGAAUUGACUUUAUGGACAUGGAACAAAGAAAGAAAACAAAGAACAUGGAGUUUCUCUGGAAUACAAGUCCAAACAAUUUAAAGAAUAAAUCCGCGCUGUUCACUAACAUUCUUUAUGAGGGCUACUAUGCUCCACCUGGCUAUACGAUGGACAAAUUUUCCGUGGCACCAGAGGUGACCCAGCCUAUCGUUGAUUCUUUUGUCAACCUCAUCAAAAAAUGGUCCGUAAGUUUUAAAAGUAAUCACGUGGUUGUAGCCAUGGGAGCUGACUUUGCGUACAGAAACGCAGAAACCUGGUUCAACUUUUAUGACCCUCUCAUCAAAAAGGCGAAUGAAAUGCAUCCCGACAUACACCUGAUGUACUCCACCCCUUCCUGUUACUCGUAUUACGUCAACAAGGAGCGGGUUACUCUGGAAGAAAAGAAAGAGGAUUUUCACCCGUAUUCCAUUCCACCUGCCGCUUACUGGACAGGAUUUUACACAACUCGAGGUGGACUUAAGAGACAUAUUAAACAGGCUGGUCAAAUUCUACAGAGUUGCAAACAGUUGUCUAUAUUCACUGAUCUGCAGGAUUCAUUUCAAGAUGUGAAUGUUUUACGAGAUGCUAUGGGUGUAAUGCAACAUCAUGAUGCUGUCACUGGCACACAAAGAGCCCACGUGCACAGAGAUUACAACCGGAUAUUGAGUCAGGCUACCAGUGUAUGUGAGAAAGUGAUGGCUGCGGCCUAUAGCAAGCUCUGGAAGCUUCCUGUGACUGUGACACCUCAGUUUUGUUAUGGACUUAAUAUGAGCGCCUGUCAUGUCAGUGAAGGUAGCGACCAGUUUCUUGUAACCGUAUACAAUCCAUUGUCCUGGACUUUUGAUGUAGGCGUUCGAUUCCCAGUUAAAGGUCAACAGUUGGUCGUAAUGGACUCUCGAGGUCAUAACGUGCCAUAUCAGUUGGCUCCCGUCCAUGAGCACAUUGCUAUUAUCCCAGAGAGAGGGUCCAUUGCGGACAAGGAGGCAGUUAUCCUUGUCAACUUGCCGCCAAUGUCCAUGACGACAUUUAGUGUCCAACAAUUUCAAGGAGGCCAAACAAAGCAACUAUAUGAAAAUAGUUUAGAAAAUACCAACCUUGUGAUUGAAAAUGAGUACCUUUCUCUGACGUUCAACUACCAGACUGGGCUCCUCCAGUCAAUCACCAACAAGUACUCGUCAUUGACAGAGCCUGUGAAACAAGAGUUCAGAUACUAUGAGUCAGAACAGGACUCCAACAGGCCCUCUGGGGUCUACCUGUUCACACCAAAAAGCAACAUUACCUUCCCAAUAGCAGCUGAAAGAGUCACUUUGAAAUAUGUCAAAGGCCCAUUGGUGCAAGAAGUACAUCAGACAUUCUCACCCUGGGUGUCCCAGGUGAUCCGACUGUACAAGGGAUCCAAACAUGUGGAGUUUCAGUGGACAGUUGGACCCAUAGAUUCUGAUAGAGAUUAUCAAGGUAAAGAAGUGAUAUCCGUGUUUACCACCAACAUUGCCAACGAAGACACUUUCUAUACAGAUUCUAAUGGGAGAGAAAUGCUGCAACGAGUUAAAGAUGAACGAGACACCUGGGAUCUACCUCCCACAGAUCGUGUUUCUGGGAACUAUUAUCCAGUGACUAGUAGAAUCUACAUCAAAGAUAUUCAGAGGAAUGUUCAGUUAUCCCUGUUCACUGACAGGCCCCAAGGAGGGUCAAGUCUCAAGUCGGGAGCUGUUGAACUAAUGCUUCAUAGAAGAGUUUACAAAGAUGAUGAUCUUGGACUUGCUGAGGUUUUAGUGGAUAGUGGAGCUGAUGGUAAAGGAAUCAUUUAUACAGGCAAACAUUUUCUGGUAUUAGACACAAUUGAAAGCUCUGCUUCACUGAACAAACAGCUGGCAUUGCAAGUCCAUCUGGCACCAACUGUCAUGUUCACUCCAAUCACUAAGGACACCCAGCCUACAAGUAAUUUACAAAGAACGUUCUUGUCUGAAACACUCCCAGACAAUAUCCACGUUUUGACAUUGGACAGAAUCUCGUCCAACAACAGCAUGUACCUUCUGCGUCUGGAACAUAUCUUCGAGGAGAAGGAACACAAGAAGUUAUCAUUACCUGCAGAAGUUUCUCUUCAGUCUCUCUUCCAACCAUUUGAAAUUGUGUCCGCUGUGGAAACAACUCUUGGGGGCAACUUUAUUCCAGAGGAUCUCAAACGAUUACAGUGGAACACCUACUCAUCCGUAACUCCCGACAAUAUACGGUCACCAGAAUACAGACGGAACAUGGAACCCCCUUUCACAGUCCGUCUACGGCCUAUGGAGAUUCGAACCUUCAACAUAUUGGUGACAAGAAUUUAGACGAAGCACUGAAAGACAAUGAGCAUCUAUAGGACUAUAGACGUUACAAUUGAUAUUAACUUCUCCAUUGAGAUCUGUCAUCAUAUUUGGGACCUUAAUUAUUAUUAUUUGUUAUACAUAUUGAGCUUAACAUGUGUUUUAUGUGUUUCUUUGGGAAUGGAAAUGUAGAUGUUUGUAAGGCUAAAGGAUGUAUUUAUUUUAUCUUUAGGUUAGUGGGGAGCAAGUUGGUUCUGGUUGUUUUAGGGGAAGAUUUGGUGUGAGCAAAAUUGUAUUUGAUAAUAAAAUUUAAUUUCAAUAAUUGGACUGAGUGACAAGGACGAAUGAUUUAAAAUUGAAAUAUAAAAGAGUGGUUUGUCUGCUUGUACAAAAUCUAAAAAAAAAACUAAUUAAAAAAAAAAGAAAUUGUAUGUAAUGAGUUACAGUUCUUGUGAUAUUUUUACAUUUCC